GUCAACGAAUGUUUUCACACAAAUCCGAGACCCCAUAACUGUAAGCUGCAUUUUUAUUUUAACCCACUGUUCUUAUUGAGUUGCAGUAACAAGACUAUAUCACCAGCAAUACUAUUUCCCUGUCCCUGUACUUUUUGUUCUUUGGUAACCAAAACACGACAGGUUUACACAAUAAAUCCGGCGUUCCGCGCAGAAUCUUCACACACACGCAAUCAUUUGGCUGAAUUCUAUAUGCUCGAAGCAGAGUCAGUUCGAUUGGAUACGGUUGAACAUUUGUACGAAUCGUGCUCAUCGCAAUCUCACUCACAAGAUUCCAUCGUCUCACACCUUUCCUCGUUGGAGUCUUCACUCAGUAGACCGUUUGCGCGGGUUUCUUUUGCAGAAGCAUGUGCUCAUUUAAAGCGUCCAGUUGAUGUGCCCAUCGAUUUGACGAAAGAAGAAGAGCGGAAAGUUCUCGCCUGGAUGGGUGAAAACAGGCCAGUAUUCCUGACGCAUUUUCCUUGUUCGCUCAAGCCUUUCUACUGUCAAUCCGUUGAUGGAGCGCAUACNCGUCGACUUAUUAGUUCCCGGUGUUGGCGAACUGGUGGGUGGAAGUGUACGCGAAACAUGUGCUGA